CAUAUAUAUGCUCAGAGAAAUCAAUCAAAUCUUGUUCCAUAUUUAAAUGUCCCAGAUCCAGACAUUGCUCACCCUCAGCGGCGGUGCAGUGAGCGUUGCUGUCCUCAGCACCCUCACGCCCCACUGGAACAUCCACCGUCACGGGCAUUGUGGCCGGCGGUCUUGACUCAGGAAUGGCUGGUGGGCUGGUUCUGGAUUGGGGCCGGACGCUCUCCAGACACCGGAGUAUGGUUUCCGGAGAAGAAGGACGUUUGGUUUGCUGGUAAAGUCAUGACAGGGCGUCGACUCAAGAAUUCUUAGUUCCUGGUUGGUAUGUCACAGAGAAAUUGAAACUGGUGCAGAAUAGAGCCCACUGUGCUUGAUGGGGGUUUAGGCAUUUAGCCUCUUAGAGGUACUCCAAGUUACGGUGAUCAGGGAGGACUUCAAAUGGGUGAAUGGCUCCCUCCAGCCAGUGUCUCCACUGAUGGCAAGCAGCUCGCGUUUUCCGAUAUGCAGUUGGAGUUUAAUGGUCGUGAGUCCGGGCCAGUCCUGGAUUGCUUGGACUUUGCUAUUGUCCAUUUGGAUGCCCUGGAGACUGAUGACAUAUCAGAGGAACUUAAAUGUGGUGUGGUGGAACUUGCACUUCUCCCGCUUGAGGUAAAGAUGGUAUUCUCAGCUUCUGAAGGACCUGCACCACGUGACUGCAAUGUUUGGCCAGGUUCCGGGAGAAUAAGAGGAUGUCAAUGUACACAAUCACAAAGCAAUGAUGGGCAGCAGAGGAUGGAUGAGGAUGGACGAGGAAGACUGGCACAUUCAGGAAGGAGGGAUCGGAAGUAUGUUGUGAUGAAAAAAAGGGAAAUCUUUACAUCGAAAAAGGACCGAAAGGAGGAGGCAGUGAGAUCUGAUGUUAUGGCAUCUGAAAGGGAAUACAAAUGGACUGUUUGUGCAGUGAUUGUGCUUUUGAUAGCACUGUGUACAGCUCAUAUGACAGAUCGACCUGCCUCCUCACACCCUCACCACAAAACUUCUCUGCUGAAGAUGGAUGAAGCUUCCCUUUCGGUUAUCAAUGAGAUCGACAGUGACUUGAUGUUUUAUGUGGUUUCUGAUCACUGUUAUAAGUGUUUGCCCCAGCUGUUGGGAAUAAUACCUGCAAGGCCAGCUUCUGGGACCCCCACUGCGGUGGGUUUUGUUGUAGGCACACAGUAUGCACUGACACUGCAGCUUAACAGCACCUCUGCAGACUUGGAGCAAUGCAAUGUUCACUUCCACUUUGGGGAGCAGGGGAACUAUUCUCUGUGGGUGAAGAACCUGAAUGAGCCGUCACGCGCCAGCUGCUCUAUGAUCACUGAUUCUGAGCCCAUUAACAGCUACCUGCCCAUUUUGUUUGCAUUUCUGGUAUUUGCUUUUCUGGGUGCAUUAUCUGCUAUCUGGAGCACAGUUAAAAGGCUGGAUGUGGUGACAAAUCUUCUACUUCGCUUGGGGAGCACAGUGGACACAGAAAGGCUGAUAAACUCGGAGCUUGGCACUCCAAACAGAUUGGUAGAUGCCUCAACGGAAUCAAUAAUUCCUUCCUCUACAGGACGGAGGCUUCGUUGUUUGGAUACUUUCCGUGGCCUUGCCCUGGUCAUUAUGGUGUUUGUCAACUACGGAGGUGGACGUUACUGGUUCUUUAGGCAUGAAAGUUGGAAUGGGCUCACAGUGGCCGAUCUCGUGUUUCCUUGGUUUGUGUUCAUUAUGGGUACGUCUAUUACUUUGUCCCUGAGCGGUUCAUUGCGCAGAGGUCUCAAACGCACUCAUCUGCUGUGGAAGAUUUUCUGGAGGAGCUUACAGCUCUUUCUUAUUGGAGUCAUCAUCAUCAAUCCUAACUACUGCCAAGGACCCUUGUCUUGGGAUUCUCUACGUAUUCCUGGCGUAUUACAGCGUCUGGGAUUUACGUAUCUCGUUGUCGCUAUCUUGGAUCUUGCCUUUGCCCGGGACCGACUUACUAACCUGUCAAGUGAAACAUGCUGGUUUUCGGUGCAUGACGUCUGCCUCUACUGGCCCGCAUGGCUGUUUGCGAUUGGCUUAGAGAUAAUAUGGUUGUGUUUGACCUUCCUUCUCCCAGUCCCAGAUUGCCCAACUGGUUAUUUGGGUCCAGGGGGCAUUGGUGACUUUGGUCAGUACCAAAAUUGCACUGGUGGAGCUGCAGGUUACAUCGAUCGUUGGCUGCUGGGAGAAAACCAUAUUUACCAGACGCCUUCAUCACGGGUUGUAUACCAGUCUGUGAUUCCCUUUGACCCUGAGGGUGUUUUGGGAAGCAUCAACUCCAUCUUAAUGGCAUUUUUGGGUCUUCAGGCAGGGAAAAUUCUGCUGCAUUACAGAGACCAACACAGGCACAUAAUAACACGAUUUCUCAUCUGGGGAUUCAUACUUGGAAUAAUCUCAGCUGUAUUGACCAAGUGCUCCAGAAAUGACGGCUUCAUCCCUAUCAACAAAAACCUGUGGUCUUUAUCCUAUGUUACGACUCUUAGCUGUUUUGCCUUUGUGACUCUGGGGGUUUUUUACUACAUGGUGGAUGUAAAGAAGUGGUGGUCUGGAGCUCCCUUCUUCUAUCCUGGUGUGAAUUCCAUUUUGGUGUACGUGGGUCAUGAAGUGUUUGAGGAAUACUUCCCUUUUCGUUGGAAAAUGACCAAUAGUCAAUCACACGCAGAGCACCUGGCACAGAACCUUGUGGCCACCUCUAUUUGGGUGAUCAUAGCCUAUCUGCUCUACAGGAAGAAGAUCCUGGUUAAGAUUUGAAAGUAUAUCUCUUUCCUACAAAUUUUAGGAGGUGCUCUUCAUUGUGAAAGAGAUUAUUUGGAUAUUUUUAGUUGUUGAAAAUCAGCAGAUCUCUGAACAUCUGUGCAGAGACUAAAACUCACACAUGAUACAGGAAUAGAACUUGGCUAUUAUUUGAGAAGAGCAGAAAGAAGAAAAGAAGAGCAUGUGACUGCGCCAAGAUACCUCUGUGGACUCAGCAAAGCCCUCAGAAUGAAUGCCAAAAUGCUAAGGCCAGAUUCUGUUAAAUUUUAGUUCAGUCAACUGGUUUGGGUUAAUGAAUGACAUUUUGAAGCACAAUGAUGGAUUGUGAUUGAUUAUAGAAUUUCCUAAAUUAUGCUAUGGAAGAGUUCUGAAAGUCUCGGGACUAAUUUUGGUUUAAUUAAGGUAUUGAUGUCUGCAGUUAUGAAACUGAAAUCAAAUGAGAAGGGGAGAGAACUUCAGACUUCCAACAGAUAAAAAUAAAAGGUCUUCCAUCAAGGUCUACAAAACAUGCUGAAACAUCCAGUCUUGAGGCAAAAAAUUACGGUUUUACGUUUUAAUAUCAUGAAUGCUCUGGUACUGUUUUACUUUUUUUUUUUUUUUUUUUUUACUUUCUGUGGACUCUGUCUUUAUCUCUUUUUUGAUACUGUGUUUUAUCCUUUAUAUCUUUAGCUGAAAGUAUUACGGUUAAAAGGAUGUAUGUUUGUGAGACAAAAAGAGCGUGUGUCCUACCUUCUCAAAAACUCAGGAGAUUUGCACAACAUGGAGUGCCAAAUGUAGUGUACUUUAUGGUUUCUCUGAUUAAACAGUGUCCUUGUUCAUUACAGUUUACCAAUGACUUGUUACCUCUACCACAUAAAUCAAAUUAUAGAAAUUAAAAAGACAAACAAACACUAAUCACUGACAUAUUUCCCAUACACACUGCUGCUUGAAAUAAUUAUUGUUCCAAGAGAAGGGAAAAUAUUGAUUUAUCAUUUGUUGCCAACUCACAAAAACAAUUCCAUCUUUGUAACGGAUAAUGGAUAUUUUACACAUGUAUAAACUAUGUUUGCUCAUGUAUAUCUGUAUUUUAUACUUAUCAACAUGGGAUGUGGUAAAAAUAAACCUUUUUUUUUACCAUUA